AUGGCUCCUCAGGAUAGUCCCUCGUUGACGUUUUCUCCCGCCAACCCGUCAGUCGACACCCCAGAAGUACAACAUGUCCAGCCUCAGCGCGUUAUCAAUACCAGCCACAGCAUCACCGGCACACCACGAAGAAGCAGCAGCAGCCUACACUCCAGCCACAGCGCCAGUAGUCUCUCCAAUUCGAGCACCACCUUCUCCGAUAUCCAUACCAGCAGCAGCAGCAGCAGCAGCAACAACAACAACAACAACAACAACAACAGCAGCAACAACGGCAACAGCACCAACGGUGCCUUCACAAGCGUGAGGCUGCCAGAACGGGGCAGGACAGGUGGCAGCGUAAACCACCCAACACGCGACAGGAUCCUGAUGCCCAACAGAUCCUCCAUCACCAUCGGCAUCGCCAACAGCCAAGGAAUCGGAAGCAGCAGUCGGAGCACAAGCAGCUCAAGUCUGUCGCGAUUGCACUCUCUCCACCAGACAGACUCUAAUCAGACCAGCGGCAGAAGCACCACCACCCCCAACACCAGUAGAGACUCGUCCCCAAAGCCCGGCCAUUUUCCCUCACCCCCAACUGCAGCAGCGACAGCCAUCCCAGCGCGUCGCAAGAAUUCCUUCGACAACCUCGGUUCUGUCUCAGGAACGUCCUCUGCUGCAUCCUCGUUCGAGUCUGGCAGAAUUCUGAGAAGACCCUCCGAUCAGUUCAGCUCGUCCUAUCAGUCCAUGCGCCAGCACAGUCAGGCGCAUCCCUCUUCGCACCUCCACAACAGUAGCAUGGGUGCCUCAACCGGAUCGCUAUCGUCCAGCGGUGGUCUCGACUCUGGCAAUGGCGGCGGUAGUGGCAGCAAUAGCGCAAAGUUUAAGAGUAUUCCUAUUCCACAACCACUCCUCACUCGUCGUUCUAGCCGUUCGUCGCUCUCAUCUAACGACUCGGACGAUGUUCCCCACUCGCACCAACAUCACUACAGGAACGCCAGCAGCACCUUGCCCAUUCCAGAAUCACCUCGCGCCGCACAUUUUCACCAUCCCAGAGCAGGAAGCACCAGUCGGAGACCCUCUAAUCUGGCCACAUCCAUGUCCAAUAGUCUGAGCGAUUGGGAUCAAGGCUCGUUCUCGACCAAGCCGUCCCCUGGAGGAGCAGGAAGCAGCGCAGGUGGGGUCAAUCUACCCAACGGUGGAGGCGGCAGUGGCGGCAAAUAUCUUAUUCGCUCUAGAAGGACGUCGUGGAUUGACGCGGGUGGCCAUUCGGAUUAUGGGUCAACACCGUCGUCUCCAAAGGCCAUUGGGAGAGUCGCUCGAUCUCGGAGAGCUUCUAUCACAGACGAAUUGUCGUUGGAUGAUUGGUCGCCCACCAGGAGCCAAGCCUCGCCAUCGCUCAACACUUAUUCAACCUCAAUCCCCACAGGGUCCUUUUCACAGUACAUGGCUCAGGAACGGAAGUCACGAUCUGGAUCACCAAACACGGGUCAGAGUAUCGCUUCCCUCAUGGAAUUGGCAUCGCUCAACAACCCUUUUGAGAACAUGAGGAGUCCAGCCUCAAGCGACACAGUUCGAGAUCGGAAUUCAGACAAGGACAGGGACACACCUUCGCCAUCCAUCUCGCGGAGCUCAUCCUUAUCUGGACGAUACCUAGUAAAGUCCAGGAAGGCAUCCUACAUCGACAUGAACCUUGCAUCCGAGUACGAUCAACAGCCGGGACAACAUCUUGGAGCCGCAGGGUACUCUGUGCUGGGAGCAGGAGUCAGGACACCUCUUCUCGCACGCUCACCCAAUAUAUCGCCUAAAGGAUCGCCUAAAGCCUCGCCCAAAAUCUCGCCAAUGGUACGAUCCUCAGCCUCAAGUCCUUUGGCUGGGCCUGCCCUCUCAGGAAUCAUCAUCCCUGGGCGGCCUUCGCCAGUAUUUGCAUCUCCAGGAAUCAAACUGGGUCAUGGUCGGCAAGCAUCGAUCACAGAUGUGGACGCACAUGAGAGGCGGCUUCGAAGGCAAGCAGGUCAUCGUUUUCAUUACGAGUCGGGAUUCCAGCCAGCAGCAGAUGUCGACCCUUCCAAGGAUAAUGACGGCGACGUAGAUGACCUUUCUCUGGACACUCCCAAGUCUGUAGGAUAUGUGGGUAAGGGUUUAAAGGGCUCGGGUUCUGCGUUGGGACCCUUUGCUGCGACCCAGCUGGCGGCGAGUAAGAGCAGCGACAACAGCACCUCUGUACCGGAAUUACCUCAUUCCAACUAUCUCGACUCUGUGGACUUUGUCAACGCAUUUAAAAUCCAAGGGACUGGCAAGAUACCCGAACCCAACCAAGCCAAGUCCAUCAGGAGACGUUCUGUGGAUUCUAUCGAUCCAUCGAUGGUCCACGCAGAGAUCAUUGCGCAGACAAGGAGAGCAAAGCUGGAAAAAUGGAGACCGGAUUUGGAUCAGCCGAUUAUCGAGGUCACCGUAGAACUAACGUCAUCGAUACUGGAGGUGGAUGAGUCGUCAACCGCCAAGGUACCAGCAAAGGUUGUCUGGGUUGACUGGCUGGAAGAGUAUCAGGCGCAGAAAAAGGCACGCUUGUUGCAGAAGAAGGACCAAUCGCUCUCGCCUGCCUUAUCCCUCUCUGUCUCACCACCAUCCCGUGAUUCGAGUUUCCAUGAAGGGUCCAAGACACCUGUUGUCUCGACCCCGCUGCCUGCCCUCCAGACAACUCCAGAUUCUCUCUCGCCUCCAGGACGUCGGCAGAAGAACUCACAGGGUCUCCGCGUCAACUCUAGAUCGCCAUCAGGAAUGUCUAUAUCGAGUCAAAAGAGUCAACAGUCGCUCAAAGGAGGUCUGGGUCCCAAACUUGUCAGCUGGUGGAAGUCUGUCCGUAGAAAGUCCAUGUCGCUUGUGCAACCGCGAAAAGCGUCUGUGGACUCGCCUCCCCCUGUUCCCAGCGAUGAGGGUCGAUUUCGGGAUCGGGACCAGCAGUCUGAGAUGGGACCAGGAUACUCUCCACAGCGCGUAGAGCAGGAGAGUUCGUCAUCAUCGCCAGCUCCCCGACAGCUAUAUCCGCGGCCACAGCACCCGUUCCAGCUACACCAACAGCUCUCACCGCAGCAACCUCAGUCACCACCACCGCAGCCUGAGCCGAAGGCGUUCGUAUCGAAAUCGCUCUUUGAGAAGCCAGAUGCAAAGCCCGGUCCCCUCGUGUUGACGACAGCCCUCAACACGGUCGAGUCUAUAAGCCCCACGUCCAAAUCGAGUGGGUCAAAGGCAUCGCCUCGUGAGAAACCUGGGCUCUCUAUCCAGGUCAACGUCUCACCAACGAUUGUACGCAGAGGAUCUGUCAUGGCCAGGACAACAUCCUUCUCUGCUGGAAUCAACUCGGCCAAUGCUCCCGAAGGAAGUCCCCAGCAAAGCGGUCCUGAGCGAUCCACCAAGACCAUCAGGAGCAUGUUGGAGCAGUACAAGUCAGAUUGCGAUGAAGAGAUGCGCAAGAUCAUCGAUGGUCUAAACGAGUACGUGGAGAAGGGGCUCAACUACGUGGAGGAUAUUGACAGUAUGCCCGACUUUUCGGCACAGCAAUUGGAUCGAACCGAGGUUGAGGAGAUCGAAGGCUGGAUCGAGAACAGUCAGAUGGAAAUGGAGGAAGAAGCUGCCAUCCAGCAGCUCGGAGAAGAUGCUGGCUUUGACAGUGUCAGUGAGCGGGACUUGUUUGAGGAGGACAGGACGCCGAGAUCCGACUACCCUGGACCUCCUCAAGGCUUCAGUGAGGGCUACUUCCCUGAGAUAUUCGACAACGAGUCACCUCUGGAGGAACCCAGGUUACGACCAUUGCGCGACUCGGGUGAAUGGUCGCCUUCGCCAUCCUGGAACGGUGGAAGCAUUCCUCUUCAUCGCAAGAUGACCAGGGAGAGUCAGCAACGCUCCCACUCUCGCGUGUCAUCCCUCAGUCGUCGCAACACCAUCUCAGCCUAUUCUCCGGGAACCCCUGUCACGUCUUCGCCCAACGCCAAUGUUACUCUUAUCUCAGAGGACUCGUACCAGCCGACACCCUUCAUUCUGACAUUGCAGGAGCUCAUCUCAGUGGCACAGCUCAUGCUCGAUACACCCUUGAAGACCAUUCUCGACAACAAGGGCUCCUGUACCAACUUUGUGACGAAGCUGCAGGUGAUCGGGAAAGCCUGGGAUUACAACAGUAACUGGCCCUGCCGGGCCUGGUAUGUGAAGGCCCUGCUGGCUGUUGCUGGAUUGGCGCGAGUCGUGCAAUGGUGGGAAGCGGAGCGCAGCCAUUGGGCACAGAGUGCCAAUAUCCCCGUCAAAACCAAGGAAUCGUCCCGCCCUUCCAGUUUGUAUGUCGCAAAGCAAGACUCGCCAGGAACCUCACCUGGCCAGACAGCAGAGGACGGCACAGCUAAGGAGAUCGUUUCCCGCACACAGACUCCAACAGGAGGCGACCUUGUGGAUCCCGAGAGUACUCCUUCCUUGAAAUACUCACAGACGGCCGGUGCUACUCUACUAGUUCCAGGAGCUAAUGUAUCUAUGGAGGAGAGCGACCUGGAAGGUGCAGAAGCUGGCGAAUUACCCGAACUUGUGACGAUCGACACUUUGGCCGAUAUUUUGGAGAAAGACUCGGACGCACAGACAAGGCUGACUAAGGACGAUAUUCUACAAUUGAAGAGGGAGGCCGAGAAGGAUCAGAGCAAGAAUGUUGUCAUGGAGCUCAGUCUUGACAUGAACGAUGUGACGAUUCUCUACCUAAGCCCAAGUUGGUCUGAACUUUUGGGUUUCGAUUGGCAAGAGCUGACGGACAUACCUAUUUCAACAUUCUUGGCGGAGGAAGAGUGCAAUGUUUUCAGGGACGCCACUCAACGACUUUUGGAUGACGAUCAAUCGACAUUGGAGCUGACGUUCCAUCUCCUCUCCGAAUUCAGCCCCCCAUCAUCCUUUGAUGACACGAGCUCCUCUCAGUCAGAGCAUUUCACUUACCUCCAGAGUGUGAAUCAGCAAGGAGCGAUAGGUCACUUUUUGAAGAUGAUUGGUCGCGGGAUGCUCAUCUACGAGCGAACAACAGGCGAGCCGUCCAGGACAAUGUGGGCGCUUCAGCCCUAUAUCGGUGGAGACGACAAAACGAUCUCGUCCUCCGGCUCGGUCAUGUCCGUUUUGUCAGAAAACUCGGAGGAGGAGGAACUCGACGCGGAACAGGAUCGCGACGAGGAUGGUGGUUCAGAUUCGCAGGAUGGGGAGACAGGUCAAGACGACGAUGAAGAUCAAAACCAGGAUGUCGGCUACCAGAAGACGUUGGCGGACAACGCGUCUAUCCACUCGCAGCUGAUACCUCUUCAGGAAGUCCGGUGUAACAUUUGCGAGCGCAUGAUCAUUUCUCUGUAUUUUGAGAAGCACUCAAAGACCUGCUCCGAAUGGCACAAGACUGAGAUGGAGCUCCAGAUUUGUAACGACCUUCUGCGCGAGCUCAUUUCCCACGUCAGCACCAUCAAGGACUCACUCGCUCUCCAGUCAGUGGAGCCCGAGGAUGAAGGGUCAGCCAGGAUGAAUAUGAAUGCCCUCAUCAACUUGCAGGCUAUCACACGGACAGCACUGGCGAUUUCGACGCCUGGACGAGAUGCCGAGCCCGAUGACAAGUCACCCAAGGAUUCACCAGGCAAUCUCAGUCUUCAGUCGCCGGCUUCGGAAUCGCGCAUCUCGGAGGUGUUCCGGUGGGAGGCUCCCAUGACGAGCGAUAUCAGUAUCAUGGCAGUGAGCGAUCGCGUCGAUGCAGCCAUUCACCACAAGACGACCCUUGUCUCGCACAUGACACAGAUCGCCGAGGAGGAUGAGAGAGAGCGUAGUCGUGGAUAUGGCCUGGAGGACGAGUUUACAAUUCAUGGCGCGGUCGAAAGUGUCCCUGUCCCCGAAGUGGUUGAGCAUCAGCCCUCGCCCAUCGAAGCACCCCCGACGCCGACUUCUGUGGAUCUUUCCAGAACAGCUUCUGGCUCGUCCGACCUUGGCACGGGAACAUCUGACUCUGCUGAAUCAUCGACGACUGUCGUCAAGAUGGGCAAGGUUGAAAGGCCACUGGUAUCAGCAGCAGCAGCUCCUCAAGCCAGCCAGGUUAGCCAAUCCACUCAGAGCAGCGAGGUUAGCCAAUCCACCCAGAGCAGCCAGUCGUCAGCCAGUGUUAAGGAGAUUCGCCCGGAUCUUGUCAGCCAGAGCAGCCAUAACAGCCAGAGUAGUCAAACCAGCCAAGGCAACGAUGGCAACAGGACCAAACAGACAUCACCUACGGCCCGGAAACACCGUCCAUCCUUUGUGGACAUCCACCCUUCGUCGGCAUUCUUGCCUGAGUCUCGCUUGUCUCCUCGUAUGUCCAACCGGUUCUUGGCACCACAUUCGGUGGACGGUUCACCUACCGAUGCUGCCUCACCUUCAGCUCUAUUGAGAUCGCCCUUGUCGCCAUCCUUCCCGCAGCCCACUCCUUUGACGCGACCUACCCCUCCAAGCAUCAAGGAUUUCGACUUUAUCAAGCCCAUCUCCAAGGGCGCAUUCGGAUCGGUCUUCCUGGCCAAGAAGAGAGCAACUGGUGACUAUUUCGCGAUCAAAGUCCUCAAGAAGUCCGAUAUGGUGGCCAAGAACCAGGUGACGAAUGUGAAGGCAGAGCGAAUGAUUCUCAUGAACCAGACGGACUCACCCUUUGUCGUCAGCCUCUAUUUCUCGUUCCAGAGCAAGGAGUAUCUCUACCUGGUGAUGGAGUACCUGAACGGAGGCGACUGCAUGGCUCUCAUCAAAGCUAUUGUUCGUCUUCCUGAGGACUGGGCGAGAAACUAUCUUGCCGAAGUUGUCCUUGGACUCGAGUAUCUCCACAAUGCAGGCGUCGUUCAUCGUGACUUGAAGCCGGAUAAUUUGUUGAUCGACCAGAACGGACACCUCAAACUCACGGACUUUGGGCUCUCCCGCGUGGGAUUCUUGGGUCGACAGGCGCAGACGGACAGAAGGACGAAGAUUCCUAUGGCAUCAACCUACCCAGAAUCGAGACCAAUGUCGCCCUUCCUGUUCACGCAAGCCGCAGACGCCAACACAGAGUCCUCUUCGAUCCCAAUGAUUCCUACUCCCAAGUUGGGUCCUACCCAUCCCUCGUACUUUGCAUGGGGUGAACGAAGCCGUCGCUCGUCCAAUGCUAGCUCUACAUCGAUCGACGGUCGCUCUUCGGCCCUCGGAAUGCCAAGUGUUGAUAUGCCCAGGUUACCUGCUGCAGCUAUGUUGACAUCGUCAUCGUCCAAUGCACCGUUCCCAUUGUCUGAAAGCAGCGUCAAGUCUUCCGGGUCAUUUCUCACUGGCACUGCAUUGCACCCAGUUCAUUCGAUGUCGCCUAAGGUCUCACACAGCAAUUCUCCACUGAUGCCCCCAUCAUUUUUGCUUAACGAUUUGAGGGAGGAGGUGCCAGAGAAGUGCGUUGGAACCCCCGAUUACAUUGCACCAGAGUGUGUGCUCGGUAUGAGCCAAGAUGCCAUGGUUGACUGGUGGGCAUUGGGCGUGAUCUGUUACGAGUUCCUGUACGGAUGUCCACCGUUCCACGGCGAGACACCUGAGCAGGUGUUUGAGAAUAUUCUUUCCAGAGACAUUGACUGGAUGGAAUCCGAGCUGGAGAUUUCCCCUGAGGCACGCGAUUUUAUGGAGAGGCUGCUGUGCACUGACCCCGAACAGCGUCUUGGAUGCAACGGAGCAGAGGAGGUCAAGAACCAUCCAUUCUUCAGGGACAUUAACUGGAAUACUCUGCUCUCGGAACGGCCUGCCUUUGUCCCGGCACCUGCGGAUAUCGAAGAUACCGAGUACUUUGAUGUCCGCGGAGCCAAGAUGGGCUCGUUCAAGGAGGACAUCCCCGAGCUGAAGGACAUGCAGGCAAUGGCGAAUGCUCUUUCAAAACGCAACAGUUUCAAUCAAGCAGGAACCCAACCUCCAACUCCUGGACAGUCUGAGGAACCAGCCUCAACCGCAACGACGGCGCCUUUGACAGUCGAUACAAAUCCUCUGGACACGGCCUCGACACCCCGGGCACACAGUCCUAGUCGUGCUUCCAGCGACGAUCCAGCGUUGAAAGACCUCGAGUCGGCGAAGGACGAGACAGGAGCCGAUUUUGGAACAUUUGCCUUUAUCAACUUGCCGGCGCUGGAGAAGGCCAACAACGAUGUGAUUCGGAAGCUUCGAUCGGACAAUGCAUUCGGUUCCAACGGAGGCAGCAGUCUCUCUUCAUCGAUCUCCGAGUUUUCAGCAGAGACCCCAGGAACCCCCAGCUCGGGUAGCAACGUCGGUAACAGCAAUAUUACCAAGAACAAGCACCGAUCGAUGAAUGCAUUGAUCAACACGCCACCCUUGCGAUUCGAUGGCAAGAACUACUUUUCGUAUUCACCCAAGGGCUCUCCUUCGUCCAGUGGGUCGGCGGGUACAAUCAACAGUCAGCUUCAAGGAAACGGAGGCACUAUUCAGGAGGUCGGCGGCGAGUAUCAACCUCAGCGAUCUGCUUCAGUCCCAGUGGCGUUUGGGGAUGAUUCGUCCAAGGAUGGAGGCUCGCCUUCGGAGUCAUCCCCAGCGAUCCGUCGUGCGUCGAUGCCUUUGCGGCCCAGGACUCAUAGCACCGGCAACACGGAUAUCCAUCCGUUUGUGAUCCCAAACGUCAACUCGCCCACGUCGCCCAUCGGACCCAAGAAUUUGCCGCAGGUGACCCAAACGCGCGAUCGCCGGAGUGGUAGCACAAGCAGCGGAUCAGGACUACGAUCCAGUCGUCACUCUCUCAAGGCGACGGCGACGCUUCGAUCGACGGCGAAGGGAGCGAUCAGGAAGACGAGUCGGACGCGGGAUUGUCUGGUGGUGGAUGACAACCCAAUUAGUGCCAAGAUUCUGGAGACGAUCCUGACGCGACUGAACUGCCGAUGUGUGGUGAUGCGAAAUGGAGCCGAGGCGAUCCGUUGUGCCAUGGGCAGUGUCAAGUUUGACGUGAUCUUUAUGGACAUCCGCAUGCCCAUCAUUGAUGGAGAGACGGCGACGAGGAUGAUCAAGUCGACACAGAACACAAACUCGUUGACGCCGAUUAUUGCGGUGACAGCAUUCCCAGAUUUAGCGGCACAGAUCUUUGACUAUAUGAUGGUGAAGCCGGUGACGAGGGAGGAGAUUGAGAAGCGGUUGCAGUUCUUUUGCCCGAUCCAGCCCAAUGUGAGCGAGGUACCUACACCAAGCAAGGAGACGUCUCCUAGUGGGACGGGCAGUGGAGCCGGUAGCGGUCAUGGUAGUGGCGGUGGUAGCAGUGUCAAUGGCAGUAGCGGAGGAGUGGGAGUCAUACCAGAGGUCGGCGAGAAGGGACGAUCAGACUCGACGUCCUAG